AUGGAGUACAAUCACGAAUGGUUGUGGACGGAGUCCUCCUGCGCCAAGCAUAUUUCCAGCAACGACCUCUUGAAAUGCAUCUAUGAUAUUUAUGGAAAGGCAUCCCUAUGUUUUGUAUAUCUAUCUGACAUUGGACCCGACCAGGAUUGGAAGAAGAGCGUCUGGUUUACGCAGACACAUACACUCCCGGAACUGGUGGCCUCGAAGAAGAUAGUAUUCUUCAGAAGGAAUUGGACGAAAGUGGGUAGCAAAGAUGACCUUUGCGAGGAGCUGUCUCGUCUCACAUUCAUCGAUAAGACGGUACUAAAGGACCCCGGGAAAGUGCAAAGUUGCAGCGUGGCCAAACGUAUGUCUUGGGCAUCCGAGCGACAUCCUCCGGUUAAUGGGCACCGUGAGCCAGUAACCGAAGAAUGCGCGUAUUGUCUGAUCGGAAUCUUCCGUGUGUCCAAGUCGUUUGUUCCACGAUACGGGGUUGGCCUGGCAGAAGCGAUGCUUCAGCUCCAGCAUGAAAUCAUGAGAGAAUACCCCAAAGACCUUUCAAUAUUCGAAUGGAAACACACGGAUCCUAGUGAGCCACUUACGAAUGAUGUGCUCGCGGGGUCACCAUUCCAGUUCCGCGACUGUGCUAAUGUUACAACACUUGACGAUGGGAGCGAGAUAAAGGGAGUAACAGACCGUCAGGAUGAGUUUUAUAUCGAUGCGCAGUUUAUCCCUGAGUCUGGGCUCCGAAUUGGCUGGGCCCUUAACUGUUGGCAUGACCAUCCCUACAGUCCUACUGGGAACACACUGAUUUAUCUCACCAAAGAGCCGCCAGAAUCGCACAAGUCGACCAAAACGCCCAAUUUGCCUGGGGUGAAGUGCCACCGUACGAACAUUAGCAACGUGAGCUGUAUAGAUCGUGAAGACUUACGCAAGACAUUGAAAGUAAAGGGACGCAUCCACAUCCUGAAGGAUGGAGCCUGCCACUUUGAGCAGGACGAAACCUCUGCCCGUCUCUAUGGCCUUGUGCAGAAUGCCCUCUCUUUACGUGGAUGA